AUAAACAGUACACUUUUAGUUUCAUCAACUAAAGAAAUUUUAAAAACUUUGAAAAAGCAAAGAGGGGGUUAUCAGGGAUUUGAACACUAUGGAACGACAUCAGUGUCCUGUGUGUGAGAAAUGGCUUUCAAAAUCUGAUCGUUUGUCUAAUCACAUGAGAAUCCAUACUGGAGAAAAGCCGUAUACCUGUUCUGUCUGCGGAAAAUCGUUCAGACAGUCAUCAAACUUGAGCCAACACAUGAGAAAUCAUACUAAAGAAAGACCAUUUAGUUGUGAGGUUUGUCACAAAACAUUUACACAGUCUGGGACAUUAACUGAUCAUAUGAGAGUGCAUACCGGAGAAAAACCAUUCUCCUGCUCUAUAUGCUCAAAAUCUUUUGCUCAAUCCUCUGUGUUGAGAACACACAUGAGAAGUCACACCGGAGAAAAACCAUAUCAUUGUUCGGUUUGUACCAAAUCUUGCGCGACCGUCAGUGAUAUAAGGAAGCACAUGAGAACCCAUACUGGGGAAAGACCUUUCACCUGCUCUAUUUGUGAAAAAUCCUUUGCAGAUUCUGGAAACUUGUCAAAGCACAUGAAAAUUCAUAAUAUUGAGAAGCCUCCAAGACAAUUAUGUGAGAAAGCAAUAGCUGACGCAAAAAAGCUUGAAACGAAAGAGCUUAAGGAAGGACAGAACCUUCUUUAUGAAUCAAAAGGAAAACUUACCGGACAAAUUUAUGUAGAAAAACGAGAAUUAAAAACUGACCAGGAUGACAGUUUAGACGUGUCUCUUGAUUCCCCUGAAUCCCUUGAAGUCCUGGUUGACCUGGAUACUGGGAUCCGUGUGUUUAAAACCGAGGAAGUUAUCUACAAGGAAGAGAUCUACAAGGAAGAGAUCUACAAAGAAGAGUUCUACAAGGAAGAGAUCUACAAGGAAGAGCCUGAUCCUAAUCAGCCUAUGAAGUUGGAGGAUCAAGAAAAGCUUGAAGUUAUUAUUAAGGAAGAAGAAGGUUCGACUUCACCCUAUACUUGUACAGUGUGCAAUGAAUCUUUUUCCCUGAACUUCUUUUUGAAUAAACAUAUGAGAACUCACAAAACAAACAAAGAGUAUCCGUGUUCAUUUUGUGAAAAAGUAUUUAAAGAAUCUGCUACGUUAACGUCGCACAUGAGACUUCAUACUGGAGAAAGACCGUUUUCUUGUUCAUUCUGUGAGAAAACGUUUUCACAAGCUGGGAACUUGGCAACACAUAUUAGAAUUCAUACGGGUGAGAAACCAUACACCUGUGCAGUUUGCAACAAGGAUUUUGUUCAAUCAAAUCAGUUGAAAAGCCACAUGAGAGUCCACACUGGUGAGAAACCAUACAGUUGUCCCUUCUGUUUGAGGACUUUCAGUAAUUCUACUACUUUGAGGAAACACAAGAAAACACAAAUACACAGAGGUGAAACACCCUACUUGUGCACAACAUGCCAAGCAUCUUUCCCAGAUUCGAUAACUUUUACUGAGCAUACAGAAUCCCACAAUAAGGUUAAGACAUAUCCCUGUCCUAUAUGCCAGAAACAAUUUAAAAAGUCUCAUCUUCUGGCAAAGCACAAGAAAAUCCAUCUAGGUUUAAAGCCCCACUCCUGUUCUAUCUGUGGAGUUUCCUAUGCAGAAUCUUCGAAUCUUGUAAUACACAUGAGAAACCAUACUGGAGAAAGACCAUACAGUUGCAAACUCUGUGAUCAUACCUUUAUACGCUCCAGUACUUUGUCAGAACACAUGAGAACACAUACUGGAGAGAAACCAUUCCAAUGUUCUCAAUGUGAUAAAGCGUUUACUCAAUCUUCUCAAUUAAAUGUUCAUAUGAGAAUUCAUACAGGAGAGAAACCAUUCAGCUGCAGUAUUUGUGAGAAAACUUUCGCAAUAAACAGUGGUUUAACAAGACACAUGAUGAUACAUACUGGAGAACGGCCUUAUACUUGUACUAUCUGUGAAAAAUCCUAUGCGGAUAGUAGUAACUUUUCAAAACAUAAGAAAACUCAUUUGAAAGAGAACAAAUACCAAGUCUAAUUAAAUUUUUCCCUCUCUAUACUUUUUUUAAUUUGUUGAAGUAGCUUAACUUUUUUUUGUAGGUGCAACGUUUUUCCGCCAAUCGUUAUAAAUGAUGUAUGCGAAUAAAAUAGAAAAUCUAAGAAA